AUGACAACAGAAUGGGGCGUGCUGUCGGGACUGUUUCCUAUUGAUACUACACUCGAGCGCUGGCUGCGGUAUAAAGCUACCGAAGUAGCCAUGUUUCCGGACCGCUCAACCAAGGAGCGCAUCACACACGAACGAAUCGAUGAGCUUUUCGCCAGUCCAUUGGUUGCUGACCCCGAUGUUCUGUAUGCAAAGCAAUUGUAUCUCAAUCUUGGUACUCUCUCUCUUUAUGUCUCUGGUCCUGUUUCUGUCGAAAUUGCUACACCAUUGCAUGAACUGGCACCUAGAAACAUCAAGAUCGAUAAGGCAUAUCUUGUGAGCUGCACAAACUCUCGACACUCAGACAUCCAAGCCGCAGCCGCCGUGUUCAAAGAGGCUGCAAAAGCCAACGGAGGUGUUGUUCCAAAGAUCGCGGAUGGUGUUAAAAUGUUCAUCGCGGCAGCAUCGUCACACGAACAAGAGGCAGCUGAGGACUCCGGUGACUGGCAAGUACUACUUGAUGCCGGUGCUGAGGCGCUUGUUCCAGGCUGCGGGCCUUGUAUCGGAAUCGGCACUGGGCUUCUUGAACCCGGUGAAGUAGACAUCAGUGCCUCUAACCGUAGCUUUAAGGGCAGAAUAGGGUCGUGCGAGGCACUCGCCCAUCUUGGUAGCCCGGAAGUCGUGGCAGCCUACGCACUCAAAGGGCUCAUUUCCGGACCAGUUGCUUAUAAAGUACCCGAUAAUUGGACUGGGGUUGACCAUGGUUAUGGCAGUGGGCAGCCUCGCAGCGUCGAGGGUGAUCUCAAUGACAUCGUUAAGCAGUCAGACUCGUUCAUUGGUAACGUCGAGUCAACAGAGGCAUCACCAAAUGCUGCUACAGUUGAUCCUCCCAGACUUCCCAGAGCCUGUUCGAGGAGAAAUCGUUUUCAUGAGCAUGGACAACCAGGAUACCGGCCAGAUCUAUCCUGGAUCGAUGACCUACGAAAGCAAUGUGUCCAAGGAAGCUAUGGCAAAAGCCUGCAUGAGAAAUUACGACCCAGAUAUCCAGAAACUCAUUAG